AUGGCAGACGGAAUUAGUGAUGACGAAGUCAUUCACCUGGCAAGUUUUAAAUUGCAUCGAAGCCAAGGCUCAAACAGGGGUCAGCGGGAGAUCAUCACCGUUUCUGAUGAUUCGGACGAGGAAACUGUGACUUUGGCAUCCAACAGUCCUGUUUUAGUUCCAGAUGAUGAUGUUGCUGAAGAUGAUGAUGUCAAGAUCCUAGAGCAAAUAGUUCCUGCACGUAAACAUGUUAUACGGCCAGCAGCAAAAUGGAGCGGCACCCCACAAAUACUCAUUAAAGUCUAUGGAAAUUCUAUGGCCAUUCCGGGGGACCCAUCUACCCCCUCUACCUCCAGAGAUGGCGUAGCCCACUCGGCUGCAGUCAGCACAUCCGUAUACACACAGCCAGACCAUACAGGGAACCAGCAACAGCAAAAUGCUGCUACGCCACAAGAGAUAAAAAUGGAGGCCCAAGUUAACUCCUCGUCACAAACCCGUUCUACCUCCUCACUCGCUGAAGCUGUCACAUUGGGAGCGCCUCAAGGUGAAAAGCACAUUCUGCCUAAAGCAUCUAGACUGUCUAGCCACACAAUACCUUUAGUGGAUAGCCCCCUGCCAAGCACAUCUCACAGUGAUAUUUCAAAGACACUUCCUGUCUCUACAAAGACUCAAAAAAUGGCAUGUAAAAGGACCAGCACCGAAGACAAUCCUCAGGCAAGCACGUCAUCUGCAGAGCCGCCUUCUAAAGCAAGGAUAUCUAUAGAGCAUUGGCCAAGCGGGUCGAGAAACUCUGUACCUCAGCAUCAGCUGGAAAAGACUGUCUUUCCACCCCAACCAAUACGAGCAUAUGCUUUGAUCACACAGCCUCAGCAAGAGAACAGCAGGCCCCAGACAGCAGGCCAGGCAGCCUUAGGUCCCAUGCACGGCAGUCUUAUUCAGAUCGAACCCCAGCCCCUUGCUCAGGCCCCGGGCCAGGCUUUAGCGCAAGAACCGCACUCCACUCAGGUGGCACCUCAAAUGCACUCUGCAGUGCUAAUUGCUGCAGCCCCUCAGAGGUUGGGACCUCCAGAGAUGGGUCACCAGAUCAUGCUAGGGAGCCAGGCUGCCGCCAAGGCUGGCCCCAAUCCCCAGCCACAGGUUGGCACCUCAAAUGCGUUUUCUCAAACCCAUGUAAAUCCACCGCUCAACCCAGUCCCUGGUUUGGUGGCCUACCCUCCUGUUCCUGAGGAAAUUCCCAGAAUAGAGGAUGCAAGACCUGGUCUCUCUAAACCAACAGAAAUUCUGGAGAUGGAGAACCACGUCAGAGCUCUCAUCACUGGUGUCUUGGAUCUCUUCCCAGAUAUCCAGGAAGCCUAUGUAGCAGAACUGAUCCGAACAAAUAAUGUGAAAGACUUGAAUGCUAUCUGUAACCUGCUGUUGGAGAACCCAGAAUAUCCAAAGACAGGGGAAGCUACAACCGCAGUAGCGUCCACCAGCAUUUUACUGGAGUCUGGAGACGAUAACACAGAGGGAACUGAGGAUCUGUUCGAUUAUGAUAAACUGGACCCAGUAGGUCCCGAUAUGGUAAUGCAGGCUGCAGACUUGCUCAUGGCAGACUUUCGCAUGAUUAGCUGUCAGGACAUCAAAUGGGCUCUCCAUGCCCUGAAAGGACACUAUGCAAUCACACGCAAGGCCUUUUUUGAAGCUCUGAAGAAGUUUCAAGAAUCACACGACUUCUCAGAAAAGCGACAACGAAGCAGAACUAAGCGCUGCUACAUUGAUUUCAAUUUUGAGCACGGUCAGGUUAAAUUUAUCAAGCGAAUGUACUUUUUGGAAAAAAGCAGACGCUACUGCAAGACGUACAGGAAUUUGAAAGCUCCGAUACAAAAGGAGCUCAAUUUCUUUAAAAAGAAAGCCAAGGAAUGGGCAGAGCAUGAGGACUUCCUCCUGGCGCUGCAAGUCAAUGAAGAUGAAUAUAAGAAAGAUGGCCAGCUGAUUGAGUGCGGCUGUUGCUACGGAGAGUUUGCCUUUGAGAAAAUGACACAGUGUUCAGACGGGCACUUGUUCUGUAAAGAGUGCCUCGUUAAAUAUGCUCAAGAGGCAGUGUUUGGCUCGGGAAAGUCAGAGUUGAGCUGCAUGGAGUCAGGCUGCCUUUGCUCUUACCCAGUCUGUGAACUACAAAAGGUCCUACCAGAAAACAUCCUUUGCAAAUAUUAUGAGAGGCAGGCAGAGGAGGCCAUCGCUGCCACCUGUGCAGAUGAACUAGUGAGGUGUCCCUUUUGUAACUUCCCUGCCUUACUGGAUAAAGAGAUGUUGCUUUUUAGCUGCCCAAACCCUCGCUGUCGCAAGGAAAGCUGUCGGAAAUGCCAUGUUCAAUGGAAGCAGCAUGUGGGGAAGACGUGCGAGCAAGUCCUGGAGAAAGAUGAGAUCCGCAUGAGGGUGCUCAUUGAGGAGCGCAUGACGGCAGCCCGGGUGAGGAAGUGUGUCAAAUGCGGCACGGGUUUGGUCAAGUCGGAGGGUUGCAACCGAAUGUCAUGUCGCUGCGGCACGUUUAUGUGCUACCUCUGCCGAGAGGCCAUCACCGGGUACAACCACUUCUGCCAGCACGCUCGCUCGCCGGGCGCUCCCUGCCAACACUGCCGCAAGUGUUCCCUCUGGACAGAUCCCACGCAAGAUGACGAGCGAAAUAUUCAGGAGAUCCAAAAGGAAGGAGAAGUGGAACUGAAUAAAAAGUUUGCAGAUCAAUUGGGAAAGCGAGUCGGCCCACCUCCGGAGGUCAUCCAGGAGCCGAAGUGUCGACGUGUGGGUCCGCCCCCUGAAAUGCCACCUCCCCCGGUUCCCCGCAACCUCCAGGCGGUACAGGCUCCCCUCUUCGUGCCCCCUCGCCCUUAUCCCGAUCCGGCCGUGGUCCAUGGCCGCAUGUUCAUGAUGCCACCUUUGCCCCCGGCGCCCUACGUUCCCCCCCUGCCGAACCUGCUCCCUUUGAACAACCACCACCACCACCAUCAGCACCAUCAUAACCACAAUCGCCACGGCAACCAUCACCCUCUAAACAUGGACAUGAUAGACAUGCCCAUGCACUACGGUCCUGCUCACCGCUUCUUCAGACGCUAA